UUGUUUUAAAAAGUGUCAGAUUCUAACAAGUUGUGUUGAGAGGCUAGUUUCCUGAGUUUUGACCCAGCAAGAAACAAAACAAACUUGGAACAUUCAAAAGCUGAAGACUUGUGUUCCUACACGGCUUAAAGGUCUCCGGGCGACUGUGUAUGACCAGGAAGCACGCAGGCCUCCAUUUGAAAGCCAUCCAUGAAAAUUCAGGUGUGUUCCAGAAAGUACAGAAUUAAUAUAAAAGGGAGUGAAGAAAGUUCAAUAGUAGAUUACAGUUUAUGACUGUUUUGGAAUCUCCUUCGGUGAUGAUGUGUGCGCUAGCUGGGGUAGGUUCCUUGUAAUUGGCUGUUUGAUAGAAGUACAAUUCAACCAUGCAACCUAACAAAGUUGAAUAAAAAGCACGCAUCCUGGAAAAGACCCCCCAGUCCAGGAUUUCACAUAAAUACACGUUCAAGAUAAUUUGCCUUUCUAUUUCUUUUUUUCCUUUCUUAUUUCCUUUUCUUUCUCCUUUGCCAUCACCUUCUUCAUUCAAUGCCUUUCUAGUGCUUAUCUCAACCCAAUUCACGGGCACCCCACCGCCAUGAAGCAACUCAACCGCCUUUGCAUCAUCUUGCCAGAAUUGGAUGAACUCGCAACCUAUGACCACCGGCAACACAAAUUAAAACUCCCUCCUUCACCCCUCACGGAAGCGAUGAAAACACACCCCAACCGCGGUUGUGGGACUCGAGUACUGGCUUUUGUUGGUGAUUCGUUACGAAGAUUAUAUGACUCGAGAUGGGUUAGUUGUUAUCACCACCGGAGACCAAGAAAACAACAGUCUAGCAAUGUGUUUCAGGAUCUGGAAGGAAUACAGAUGUCUGAGAAGGUUGGGGGCGAUAAUCCAAGGAUUUUCAGUUAUGCUGAGCUUUAUAUAGGUUCUAAUGGUUUUAGUGAAGAUGAAGUUCUUGGGAGUGGAGGUUUCGGCAAAGUUUAUAGAGCAGUUUUACCUAGUGAUGGUACUGUAGUUGCUGUUAAAUGCUUGGCUGAAAAAGGGGAGCAGUUCGAGAAGACUUUUGAAGCUGAAUUGCUUGCAGUGGCUAACCUCCGACACAGGAAUCUUGUCCGGUUAAGGGGAUGGUGUGUUCAUGAAGACCAGUUGCUUCUGGUUUAUGAUUACAUGCCUAACCGUAGCCUUGACAGGGUGCUUUUUAGAAGGCCUGAAAACCUGACAGCAGACACUCUUAAUUGGGAAAGGAGAAAGAGAAUAAUUGGUGGCUUGGCAGCUGCAUUGCAUUAUCUCCAUGAACAAUUGGAGACUCAAAUAAUUCACCGGGAUGUGAAGACGAGCAACGUGAUGCUUGAUUCCCAUUACAAUGCCCGCCUUGGUGACUUUGGCCUGGCGCGAUGGCUUGAACAUGAACUUGAGUACCAAACCAGGACGCCUUCAAUUAUAAACCACCAGUUUCGCUUGGCAGAUUCAACUAGAAUUGGUGGGACUAUUGGUUAUUUGCCACCUGAGAGUUUCCAGAAACGGAGUGUUGCUACUGCAAAAUCUGAUGUUUUCAGCUUUGGAAUUGUUGUGCUGGAGGUGGUGUCCGGAAGGCAGGCAGUGGAUCUUACAUGCCCAGAUGAUCAGAUCAUUUUGCUUGAUUGGAUCAGAAGGCUAUCAGAUGAUGGGAAGCUUCUACAAGCAGGGGAUAAUAGGCUCCAAGAUGGGUCCUAUGCACUCUCUGACAUGGAACGGCUGAUUCAUCUUGGACUUCUUUGCACAGUUAACAAUCCACAAUUUCGGCCUAGCAUGAAAUGGAUUGUGCAAACACUUCCCGGCAACAUUUCAGGCAAACUGCCACCUCUUCCAUCAUUUCAGUCCCAUCCUCGAUACAUCUCCUUAUCCUCCUCAUCUAAUACUAGCACAAGCAACACCAGCAGGUCCACUACCUCCACGCCUAGCUCCAACACAACAACCACGUCCAUCACUUCAUCAUCAAUCUUCGUGACAGCCAUAGGAGAAACUAUAUAUGCAACUGCAGAAUUCGGGAACAAUGAUCUUAGUUCUUCUAACAACAGAAGUCAUCGGCGAAACACUUACUUGAUGGUGGAAACUCCCAGGGAAAUUUCCUUCAAAGAAAUUAUUUCAGCUACAAACAAUUUCUCCGACUCACACAGGGUAGCAGAGGUGGACUUUGGAACUGCCUACUAUGGCAUCCUUGAAGAUGGCCACCAAGUCCUGGUAAAGAGGCUUGGCAUGACAAAAUGCCCUGCAAUUCGAACCCGCUUUUCAUCUGAACUCCAAAAUUUAGCCAGGCUCCGCCAUCGAAAUCUAGUACAGCUCCGAGGAUGGUGCACCGAGCAAGGAGAAAUGCUUGUCAUCUAUGAUUAUUCAGCUAGUCGACUCUUAAGUCACCUCCUUUUUCAUCAUGAUAAAAGAAUCGGUCAUUCAAUCCUACAAUGGCGUCAUAGAUACAACAUUAUAAAGUCACUUGCUUCAGCCAUUCUUUAUCUUCAUGAGGAAUGGGAAGAACAAGUUAUCCACAGAAAUAUUACCUCUUCAUCUGUCAUUCUUGAUACAGAUAUGAACCCGAGACUUGGUAACUUUGCCCUUGCAGAAUUUUUGACAAGGAAUGACCAAGCCCAUAAAGCAGCCAACAAGGGAAAUAAAUCAGUUCGUGGGAUUUUUGGUUAUAUGUCACCAGAAUACAUAGAGAAUGGCGAAGCAACCCCAAUGGCUGAUGUAUAUAGUUUUGGUGUAGUAUUGCUUGAGGUAGUUACUGGACAGAUGGCAGUAGACUUCCGGCGACCUGAGGUGCUAUUGGUUAAUAGGAUUCAUGAAUUCGAGACACAGAAAAGACCAUUGGAGGAUUUGGUAGAUAUAAGGUUGGACUGUGAGUAUGAUCACAAGGAACUGCUGAGACUUCUCAAACUGGGAAUUGCAUGCACAAGGUCCAAUCCAGAAUUAAGACCAAACAUGAGGCAGACGGUAAGCAUACUCGAUGGCAAUGAUCAAUUCUUCAUGAAAGCCGAGCAACAGAAGGAAAGCAGAGAAGAAUGGAAACACAAGAAUGCUUCUUCCCUGUCAUUGAUAAAGAGAAUCCAAGCUCUAGGAAUACAAUGAGUAACAAGUACACAGCAGUGACAAAUAGAUAAAAGACUCCAACGUCUUUGAGGCAGUCAAGGGUUCUUUUGUUCUUUUUGUUUCUGUAAUAUCUGUAUACCACCCAAUGUAGAUGCUUUCUUUUACAAUAGAUUUUCCUGUUUUCAAAUA